AUGUCCGUGAUAAUCGUCGGCGGCGGCCCCGUCGGCCUCAUCGCCUCAAUCGCCCUCUCCCACCAAAACAUCCCCCACAAGCUGUUCGAACGAUACCCCAGCACCUCCAUCCACCCCAAAGCCGUCGGCCUGAACCCGCGCACCCUGGAAGUCUUCCGCUCACUGGGCCUAGAAGACGCCGUAACAGCCGCCGCUGCCCCAGCACACUCGCACUCAAAGACAGCCUGGUAUACCAGUCUCGGCAACGAGCGGCGCGAGAUCUUCACGCGGGAUGCAUGGGGCGGGGGCAUCUAUGAACCUGAGUAUAAAGAGUUCAGUCCGUGUCGAAUCACCGUUCUCCCGCAGAUACGCCUCGAGCCAAUUCUAUUGGAGCGUGCAAGGAAACUGAACCCGCGUGGGAUAUUCCAUGGUUCUGAGGUUAUGCAUGUGCAGGAGUUCCGGGACCAUGUCGAGGUUAUCGUCCUGCAUAGCAAAACGGAAGUGAAAAAGUACGAGGCCACGUACGUGAUUGCAGCUGAUGGAGGCCGGUCUGUUGGGCAGAUGGUGGGGAUUGGGAUGUCCGGCGAGAAGGACGUUAUGGCCAUGGCGUCGGCGCAUAUCAGGGCGCCGUUGAGCCUGGUUCAUCCGGACCCUGAUGUGCUGAUUACCUGGUUCAUUGACCCGGCCAAGGGCGGGAGUAUCAAUACGGGGUAUUUAUAUCACCUUGGACCGUAUAAUGGAGGAGUCGAAGACGAGGAGUGGAUGUUUGCCUGUGGGAUUAAUCCCACGGACCCAGAGAAAUUCGACGAAACUGCCAUGACGAACAGACUACGAGAGACGCUCAAAGUCCCGCCGGAGCUCGAGCAGAGGAUCCAACUCCUCAGCGUCAGCCACUGGGUCGUUAACUCCGUCGUCGCCGAUAGAUUCCGCAGUUAUCGCGGCCGAGUCUUCCUCGUCGGCGACGCUGCCCACUGCGUCCCUCCCUGGGGUGCCCUGGGCCUGAAUACCGGUAUCCAGGACGUGCAGAAUCUGGCCUGGAAGAUUGGCUGGGCUCUUAGGGGUCCGGGGCGUAACUAUGGAACACGGUUUACUGCCCUCCUCGAUACAUACGAGAAAGAACGCAGGCCAAUUGCGCUCCGCGUGGCCGAAACCAGCCUGUCAAAUCUGCGGAACCAUGCCCUCGCCAUGGAUAGGGCACUGGGGAUUGAACCUACGCAGUCUGCCGAGGAGAAUGUUGCAUCACUUAACGCCUAUCUUGACGACGCACACCCAGACUACAGGAAGCUCCGCGCCGCCGUCCUUGACGCGCAAUCGGUGCUGGAUAGUGAGUUCCACGCGCCAGGGGCCGAGACAGGCUGGUUCUACCCUUCGGUUGAUAAAUGGGCAAAUCACAAGGAGGACGGUCAAAUCAAAGAGAACGGCGAGUUCGACAUCUUCAAUUACCACCCCUCCACAAUGGCCGGGCACCAUUUACCUCAUUUCUGGGUCACGAAAGGGGGAGUGCGCAAAUCAGUGCGUGAUCUGCUUAGGGUCAAUAUGUUUGUGGUAUUUUCCAAGUUGCCACGGUCGAGGCUAGGUGUAAUCCCGGAAGAUGGGGAGAUUCACAUCGAGGUCCUGGAUGGUAGGAAUGGGAACUGGCUGGACGAGGAGAAUAGGUGGGCCUCGCUCCCUGGGCUCGAGGAAGGUGAGGCUUUACUUGUGCGUCCAGAUGGGAUUAUUGCGCGGGCGAUAUCGCAACCUAUGCUGCGGACGUCGAGCGAGUUUUUUGAUAAGGUCUUUUACCGCGAGAUUGUGCAAAUGGCGUGA